GCACACGUGCAUUUUAAACUUCUGCAGGCAGAUAAUUCGUUUAUUUAUUAGAUUUUAAAACUAAAUACAAGAGUUCACAGAAUAGCGCUAGUAGCCAAAAUGGUCAAGAAGAAAAUUGACAAUCGCAUACGCGUGAUGAUCGAGAAUGGCGUUAAGCUUGGCCAUCGGACGAUGUUCAUCAUCAUCGGGGACAAGGCGCGCGACCAAGUGCCCAUACUCUACGACAUUCUCACCAAGUCCACGGUGAAGGCGCGCCCCACAGUGCUGUGGUGCUACAAGAACAAAGACGAGGCCAUAUCCAACCAUGGCAAAAAGCGGGCCAAGAAGAUUGCCGUGGGCAAGGUGGAUGUUAACGAAGCCGAUCUGUUCGAUUCCUUCCGGGUGGCCACCACCAUCCAUGGGCGCUACUACUCGGAGACACAUGCGGUUCUGGGUCGCACGUAUGGCGUGUGCGUGCUGCAGGACUUUGAGGCUCUCACGCCGAACCUGCUGGCACGCACCGUGGAAACGGUCGAGGGCGGCGGCCUAAUCAUACUGCUGCUGAAAUCCCUGCAGUCGCUGAAGCAGCUCUACACCAUGAGCAUGGAUGUGCACAAACGCUUCCGCACCGAGGCCCAUCAGACAGUCACCUGUCGCUUCAACGAGCGCCUAAUCCUGUCGCUGGCCGACUGCAAGCGCUGCCUGGUGGUCAACGAUGACCUGACUGUGCUGCCACUCAGCUCAAAGACCAUCAACGUGGAACCAGUGAAUCCUGCAAGCGCGGGUCGCUCCGAGAACGAGAGCAGUCUGAGGGAGCUGAAGGAGAGCCUGCUGAAUGUGCAGCCAGCUGGCGCCUUGGUUAACCUUUGCAAGACCUACGACCAGGCCAAUGCCGUGGCUCAGUUUAUUGAGGCGCUGGUGGACAAGCAGCUGAAGCCACCCAUGUCCCUGACAGCGGCACGUGGACGCGGCAAAUCGGCUGCCCUGGGUCUCUCUAUAGCCGCGGCCGUGGCCUUUGGCUAUGUGAAUGUCUACGUGACCUCGCCGCAUCCCGAGAAUCUGAUCACGCUGUUCGAGUUUGUGCUCAAAGGGUUCGAUGCGCUGGAGUAUCAGGAGCAUGCGGACUACACCAUAAUCCGGUCGACAAAUGCCGACUACAAGAAGGCCAUCAUACGGAUCAAUAUCACGCGGAGCAGUCGACAGACCAUCCAAUACAUUGCGCCCAGCGAUACGCAUCUGCUGAAUGCCGCCGAUCUGCUGCUGAUCGAUGAGGCUGCGGCCAUUCCCCUGCCGCUGGUGAAGAAGAUGAUCGGCCCCUAUCUGGUGUUCAUGGCCAGCACCAUCAAUGGCUACGAGGGCACCGGACGCUCCCUCAGCCUGAAGCUCAUCUCGCAGCUGCAGAAGGAAAACAAUGCCCGGCCGCCGCUCAAGUUGGAUGAAUCGAUUCGCUACCAGGAGAACGACGACAUCGAGCGCUGGCUAAUCAAUCUGCUCUGCCUGGAUGCCAGCACCGUGCCAUCCAUCAGCUCCGGCUGCCCCACGCCCGAUGCCUGUGAGUUGUACUACAUUGAUCGCGAUGCACUCUUCUCCUACCACAAGGCCGCCGAGUCCUUCCUGCAUCGCCUCGUCUCCAUCUACGUGUCCUCCCACUACAAGAACACCCCCAACGACCUCCAGAUGAUGAGCGACGCACCCGCGCAUCAUCUAUUCUGCCUGCUGGGUCCCGUGCAGCGUCUCGAUCAGCUGCCCGAAAUCCUUGUCGUCAUCCAGGUGUCUCUGGAAGGGCAGAUCUCCUCGAAGAGCAUCAGCGAGUCGUUGGGGCGCGGCAAGAAGGCCGCCGGCGACCUCAUACCCUGGAACAUAGCCGAACAGUAUGGCGAUGUGGACUUUCCCAAGCUCUGCGGCGUUCGCAUUGUGCGCGUGGCCACGCAUCCCAAUUAUCAGCGGAUGGGCUAUGGCAAGCGGGCCAUCCAGCUGCUCAAGGACUACUAUGCCGGAAAGCACACAAACCUGGACCUGAGUGGGUCCACAGCCUUCAAGGCUGGUGGCCAAAAUGGCAUUGAGGAGGUGGAGGAGGAGCAGCUGAGUCUCCUGAAGGAGCAGAUCCGGCCGAGGAAAAACAUUCCCACACUCCUACAGCGCCUGCAUGAGCGCACACCGGAGCCGGUGGACUACAUUGGCACCUCGUACGGCCUGACGCCGGAGCUCCUGAAGUUCUGGAAGGCCGCCGGCUUUGUGCCCGUGUAUCUCAGCCAGAAGGCCAAUGAACUGACCGCCGAGCACAGCUGCAUUAUGCUGCACACGCCCGGGACGACGCCCUGGCUGGGGCUGUACUACCAGGACUUUAGGCGGCGUGUCCUCAAGCUGAUGGGCAAGACGUUCCGCGAGUUCGAGACGAAACUCUGCCUGGCACUGCUCAAGAACAAGUCCGCGUCGGAGUCUGGGAGCAAACCCCUGGACAAGCACACACUGGACGUGUUCUUUUUGCCGCACGACCUGAAGCGCCUCGAGAGCUACGCCCGCCAGCAGUCCGAAUUCCGUUUGAUCCUCGACCUGCUCACAGACAUCGCCCAGCUGUACUUCCAGGGCAGGUUUGAGUCCCUGCAGCUGGACCUGGUACAGCAGGGCAUCUUGCUGGCAUUGGGCGUGCAGGGCAAGACGGUGGACAUGCUCGGGCAGGAGCUAAACAUGCCGGGCAACCAGCUGCUGGCCAAGUUCUUUGAUGCCAUGAAGAAGUGCAAUCAGUGCUUCCGCUCGAUCAUCGAACAGCACAUCGAGGGGGGCAUGCUGCAGGAGGCGGAUCUGCCGCGCGGCGAGGACCUGCAGCCCAUCAGCCUCUCGCUCGACCAGGAGCUGGACCAGACCGCCCAGAAGCUGAGCAAGCAGCAGCGCAAGGAGCUGAAGCGCCUCAAGGCCGAGCAGCUGGACGAGUUCCUCAUCAAAGGCACCGACGAAGACUGGUCCAAGGCGCUGCAAACGAACGGCAGUGGCCCCACCAGCGGCGGCAGCAGUGGCCUCAUCUCCGUCAAGAGUGGUCACCUGAAGAGCGGUCCCAUUGAGCAGCUGGAGGAUCGGGAGCUGGAUGGACCGCAGGCCAAGAAGAAAAAGAAGAGCAAUUCAAAACAGAAACGCAGUCUGGGCAAGUCCCUGAUCUAGGAGGAGGAUUUUAAUUGUUGU